UCCCUCCUCUCCUUCCCAUUGUUGCCUCCGCGGCUUUCCGGAUCUGAUACCUCUCUUUGCUGUCGUUUGGUUUGGUGCGUGCGUAAUGAUUUUUCCUCUUUUCUUGUAUGAGUUGAUGAUGAUUAGCAUUUGAGAUGAUUAUGUUCGUUGGCGCUUCCAAUUUUUCGGUGCCCCUUGCUUCAGAUCCACAUCGAUCUCGAGUCACCCACUCUUCUUCGCUCCACUGUGGAUUAACUAGAGUGGGAAGCAAAGAUGGACGGGUUCUUUUGUUCUGUGAUUAAUCAGAACUCAAGAAUCUGAGACCUCAGCUUUACUCUGCUGCCGAGUACUGUGAAAAAUCCUACCUUCACAGUGAACAGAAACAGAUGGUGUUGGAUAACCUGAAAGAAUAUGCUGUCCGAGCCCUAGUCAAUGCUGUUGAUCACCUUGGUACUGUUGCUUACAAAUUGACUGACCUUUUUGAGCAACAAUCAUCAGAUGUCUCAACCAUAGAGCUGAAAAUUUAUUGCCUCAAUCAGCAAAUUAUUACUUGCCAAACUUUCACCGAUAAAGAAGGUCUUAGGCAGCAGCAAUUGUUCGGAACAACAAGGAGGCAUCGCAAACAUUACAUUUUACCAAAUGUGGUAGGUAAAAGGGUGGAAAGCAGUUCAAAGCUACAAAUAGCUAACAAUCUAACUCGUGCUCAAUCAAAACCUCUUCCACAUGCUUCAGGAAACCUUGCUCCAAAAACGUUAUCUUGGCACCUGUCCUCAGAGAGCAACUCUGCACCAAGUAGUGAGCCUCAUACAGCACCACGGGCUGAAGAAUCUAAAGAUUUUAAAGUGACUUCUGAUUCUUUCCAUCUUUUGGAAGCAGAGGAGCCUACUGCACCACUGCCCUUAAAGAGUCACCUUCAGGCUGCCAAGGGACAUCCAACUACUGAUCCUGCAUCUUGCACAUUUGGUGUGAAGCAGGACCCAGUGGGUGGCACAAAGACCCUCUCAGGAUUCAAGUCCUUCGACAACUCGGGACGGCGUGAGAUCUGCCCGCCUCCUGCUCGCAACAGGAGCAUUCUCUCAGCAUUUUUCCCAAGAAACAAGACCUUGAAGCCCAAACGAGUUCUGGUAUCCUGAUGGGUUUUUUUCUGCCAGCGAAUUGCGUCAUCUCCUCUUUAGUAGAAUGCUCAUGUUCUUGAACCGAGUAAGCAACUGCCUCAUUGUGAUGUGACUGUUGUAGAUGCAUGCUUGUAUCUGUCUGUCAGGUGUUUCUCCCCUUGUCUUUAGAUUUAUGAAUGCAUAAAAUUGUGUUGUUCUCUUUCA